AUGGGCAUAGAACGAAAGUUCCACGUCCUAAUACCCGUGAACAAGAGGGUCGGCGAGUUUGAUCUUGGGGAUGAACUCAAUGGGUAUGGACUUCAAGGUGUCAAGGUCACCAUGGAUGAGCUGCGGGAUUUGAUAUCGGAGCUAGGGCUGGAAGGCGAUGAAGCUGGAGACCUGGUCAAAGGCUUGAGUGAUGCUACUACUGUUGGAUUUGGAGAGGCAAACGUGCCCGAGCAGCGCACAGGUUUCACGUAUGCAGCUCAUGUCAGCACGGCCCGUCUCAUGCUUGGAGAUAGCGCUCCCUCAGCCGUUUUUCCAAACGCUGAGCUAUUCUUAGGUACUGGUUAUGGGCCCCGCUCCCUACGCUUAAACUCGACGAUCAACCUCAGCAUUUUAUUUUUGCCUACACACCAUGUCUACUGCCACGACUUCUCUCUCCGACACCCUUCCAUCCUCCAUGCCGUCGAGGCUAAAGGCUUCUGGGGUCACUUCAUUGGUACCGACCCUCGCCCUGUUCCUGCGGCCACUCCUACCCCUGCCCCUACCCCCGCUACUGUUACUGCCAGUGCCGCGACCGCGGCUGUUGUGGGCACUGCCCCUCCAACCAUUGCUGCUAUGGAGAAGUGGGACAAGGACGAGCGUGCGGCGAAGUCUUUACUCACCCAGAGGAUUCCCGAUUCGACGUUGAUGCGUAUCCACUCGAAGAAGACCGUCUUCGAGAGGUGGUCCACCAUCGUCAGCGAGUACACGGAGAAGGGCGCUUAUGCGCAAACCGAGAUGCGUAUGAAGUUCUUGGGGUCGAAGUGCCCCGACAAGGGCAAUGUGCGUGAGUUCCUGGAUUCCUUGGCCACCAAGAGGGAACAGCUUGCUUCGGUUGGUGUCGACAUCGAUGAGAAAGACUAUUGCUCGACCAUCCUGCAGUCCCUUCCUAUCCCACUCUCAAACUUUGCAUCGGCGCAGCUUGCUGCUGCCCGAAUGUUCUCCCCAACCAGUACCAUUGCUCCUGACACCCUCAUUCGGCUUAUCGGCAAGGAGUAUGACCGCCAGAAGUCCCAACGUUUUGGGCGCUUGGGAAAGGCGAAGGAGGAUGACCGUGACGAGGUGAUGGCAGUCUCAUCGAACACUUUGAACAACACAGGUGGUGGACAGGCUGCGAAUGGUGGAGGUGGCUCAAGCAGGGGGUGCUGGAAGUGUGGCGACCUUGGUCACCGCAAGAGUCAGUGCCCGAAAAUGAGGAAGAUUGUCAACAAGUUGACUCAGAAGGCAGCUUCUUCAAAGGCGGGUGGGUCUGCGAAUGUGGUUGAGGUUGAGGAGGGGGACAGCGAUGGUGUUUUCGCGGUCAUGGUCGAGUCUGAUGAUGAAACGUCAGUGCAUGGUUCAAUGGCAGGGCUCCAGUCAAAUACCAACACGGUGAUGGGGAGCGACAAUUAUUCCGACGCCGACAGCGACUCCCUCCUGGUGCCUCACCAGUCUGAUGCGCUGAUGGACAGUGACUGGUUCUCAGAUGUCGGAAGUGACGCUGGAGACUAUGACGACCCAUUCUGGAGCUCUGAGGAUGGAUCCGACGAGGAGGAGGAGAGGUUGAUGGCUGAGUUCUAUGCCAUCAUCAACACCGUCAAGGAGAAAUUUGACGUCGAGAAUGCCUUCCUCGAAACCCCUCGCGUCGAGAUCUACGACUCGGGCUCAACUCGCCACAUCUCCCCUUACCGCGAGGACUUCGUCAACCUCACGGAAAUCCCACCACAAACACUUCGCACUGCCAACAAAAACAACUUCAGUGCUACUGGGGUUGGCGAGCUCAUCAUCGACGUACCUAGCGGUGUCAAUAUGAAGCAGCUCCACCUCACAGAGGUGCUCUACUCUCCCGAAGUUGGCUAUACGCUUGUCUCCAUUGGGCGGCUUGAUGAGAAGGGGUUCUCCACAACGUUUGCACAUGGGAAGUGUUUCCACCGUCGCAUGGGCCACAUAUCGCCUGAGGUUGCUCGUCGACUUGUAUCCAACAAGUUUGUGACAGGUGUUCGUCUCACAACAAUGUCGACGUCUGGUGAUCCUUUCUUCUGUGAAUCGUGCGUUUAUGCCAAGGCGACGAGGAAGUCGGUGCCGAAAGAGAGAGCUGGGGAGAGGGCAAGCGAGUUUGGUGGUGAGGUUCAUUCGGAUCUCUGGGGACCAGCACCUGUUUCUACACGGGGCGGUCGGCGCUACUACGUCACCUUCAUUGACAACAAGAUGCGACUCACUCACCUCUACCUCAUGCGCAAUAAGUCUGACACUUUUGCCAAGUACAGGGAGUACGAGGCGUGGUGUGAUGCACAGCUAGGUGCUCGAGUCAAGGUUUUGCACUCGGAUCGAGGGGGAGAGUACACCGGGAAGGAGUUCGUUGUCCAUCUCAAGGCUCGCGGCACGGCGAGGAAGCAAACCGUCCAUGAUACCCCUGCCCAAAAUGGUGUUGCGGAACGUUGUAAUCGCAUCAUCAUGGAGCGCAUUCGAGCGCUAUUGCACAGUUCUGGUCUGCCAAAGUUUCUUUGGGGCGAGGCUGCUCGCCACGUCGUUUGGUUGUUAAUCGUCGAGACGAAGGCGGUGGAUGGCAAAACCCCCUACGAGGCAGCUUUUGGGAAGAAGCCUGACCUCCGUGAGCCUACACAACGUCUCCGUGACAUCCUCGAGGGACGCGCCAUCUCGUCCAAUCAUCCUGGGGCACCAAAGGUUACACCCGGGGUGCAGCUCCCUUCGGAGAUCCUCUACGCUCUUUAUAGCGAGGCUGGUUUUGAGGGGGAGAACGAGGAUGGGUGGGUGAUGGUGGCAGACUUCAUUGAUGAGUAUGCAAUGGCGGCAGAAAUCAGUGAGAAAGAGGCUUUAGAGCCCCGUUCUCUUGCUGAGGCAAGGACUCGACCUGAUUGGCCAUUGUGGGAGAAGGCGAUCCUGGAAGAACUCGCUGUUUUGAAAGCUGCGGGUACAUGGGAACUUGUCGACGCACCUCCUGGAGCCAAUAUUGUUGGUUCAAAGUGGGUUUUUCGGGCAAAGAAGGAUGCCGCUGGCAAUGUGGUGCGCUACAAGGCUCGUCUCGUCGCGCAAGGUUUCUCCCAAGUCCUGGGGAUCGAUUACUUCGACACGUUUGCACCAGUCGCACGCCUUGCUUCUAUUCGGGCCGUUCUCGUGAUGGCGGCUGUCCAUGACUACGAAAUCCAUCAAGUUGAUGUCAAAGGUGCUUACCUAAAUGGCAUUCUCACCGCCAACGAGGUUAUUUUUAUGCGCCAACCCCCCGGAUAUAGGAUUUCUGACAGCAUGGGAAAGGUGUGUCGUCUUCUCAAGACACUGUAUGGACUGAAGCAGUCGGGGAGGCGAUGGUAUCAGAGGUUGGUGGAGAUCAUGGUGCUGCUCGGUUUUGAGCAGUGCACGGUCGACCAGGUGGUUUUCUUUAAGCACUGCGGCGAGGCGCUUGUGAUCAUGCUUGUGCAUGUCAACGACUGCACAAUUGUGGCCACUGCACUGCCACUGAUCGAAGCCUUUAAGGCCGAGGUUGCCAAGCACGUUGAAAUCACCAAUUUGGGCGAACUCCAUUGGAUCCGCGGCAUCGAGGUUCGGCGCGAUCGCAAACACCGUAUUAUCUUCCUUUCCCAACGCUCGUACAUCGACUCGAUCAUUCGCCGGUACAACCUUCAAGACCUCAAGCCUCUUUCCAUUCCCAUGGACCCCAAUAUCGCGAAGAUGGCAAAUAUCCCAUACCACGAGGCCGUUGGUUCUCUCAUGUACGCCUCGCUCGGUACACGCCCGGACAUCACCUUCGCUGUCCAAACCAUCUCGCAAUAUGCCUCAAAGCCUGGUCCUGAGCACUGGGAGGCCGUCAAGCGGAUUUUUCGCUACCUGAGUGGUACGAAGGAGUUGUGGUUGAAUUUUGGUGGGGACACAAAGGGGCUGGUUGGAUUUGCGGAUGCGGAUGGGAGUAUGGCAGAGGAUCGUCACGCGAUCUUGAGGUAUGCUUUUUUGCUUCAUGGCGGUGCUGUUUCAUGGAGUGCUAAGCACCAGGAGAUCAUCUCACUGUCCACCACAGAAUCUGAGUACGUCGCAGCGACGCAGGCCAUGAAGGAGGCUCUCUGGCUCCGCUCCUUGGUCUCGGAGCUUUUCACCAUCGACCUCGACACGACCACUUUAUUUUUGGACAACCAAUCAGCCAUCACGCUCACAAAAGACCAUCAGUAUCACGCCCGCACUAAACACAUCGACAUUUGGUUUCAUUUCAUUCGUUGGAUUGUCGAAAAGGGGUCCAUUCGACUCGUCUACUGUCCUACUGGCGAAAUGGUUGCGGAUACUCUCACCAAGGCCCUCCCUUCUGCAAAGGUGAAGCAUUUCGCUUCGGAGCUCGGACUUGUGCUCGUUUGA